CGUUUAUUUUGAGUACAAAAUUAUGAAACCACUCGUAAUCAAGAACCUUCCAAGAUGUCAAUUAACUCUUAGAUCUUCGCUUCUCUACACAAACCAUCGUCCCUCUUCUCGAUUCUCUCUCUCUACUCGCCUAUUCACCACCGGAGCCACCUACAUUCGCCGAGGGAAAGCAACGGCGGAGCAGACACACAAACGCGCCGCCGUGAACUCUAACGAUGUGGUAAGGAUUCGGAAUAAGAAGAAUCGUGAACUCUUCGUUUCCCUAAACGACACCGUAUCGAAUAUUCUUGCGACGGAGGCUGAUUCCGUCACCGAUGUUAUCAUCGUCGGAGCUGGUGUUUCCGGUGCCGCUCUUGCUCAUACUCUCGGCAAGGCAAGACGAAGAGUUCAUGUUAUAGAAAGAGAUUUGUCUGAGCAAGACAGAAUUGUUGGUGAAUUGCUUCAACCUGGUGGUUACUUGAAGUUAAUAGAACUUGGACUUGAGGAUUGUGUGAAGAAGAUAGAUGCUCAACGAGUUCUUGGUUAUGUUCUCUUUAAAGAUGGGAAACAUACUAAACUUUCUUACCCUUUGGAAACGUUUGAUUCGGAUGUAGCCGGGAGAAGUUUCCACAAUGGGAGAUUUGUGCAGAGAAUGCGAGAAAAAGCCGCUACUCUUUCGAAUGUACGACUGGAACAAGGAACGGUUACGUCGUUGCUUGAAGAAAACGGGACAAUCAAAGGGGUUCAAUACAGAACAAAGGAGGGUAAUGAGCUUAGAUCAUUUGCUCCUCUCACAAUUGUAUGUGAUGGUUGUUUCUCCAACUUGCGUCGCUCUCUUUGUAAACCUAAGGUGGAUAGGCUAUCUACUUUUGUGGGUCUUGUCUUGGAGAACUGUGAACUUCCAUUUGCAAAUCACGGGCAUGUUGUUCUCGCUGACCCAUCACCUAUCUUAAUGUAUCCCAUCAGCAGUUCUGAAGUCCGUUGCUUAGUCGAUGUACCGGGCCAGAAAGUUCCUCCCAUUGCAAAUGGCGAAAUGGCUAAGUAUCUGAAAACACGGGUUGCGCCUCAAGUACCAACUGAGGUCCGUGAAGCAUUCAUCGCCGCGGUUGAGAAGGGUAAUAUCAAUACCAUGCCAAACCGAAGCAUGCCAGCUGAUCCAAUUCCUACUCCUGGAGCUCUUCUUCUGGGUGAUGCAUUCAACAUGAGACAUCCUUUAACUGGUGGUGGGAUGACCGUUGCAUUGGCGGAUAUCGUUGUACUCCGUGAUCUUCUAACGCCAAUUCACAACCUUAAUGACAAAGAAGCUUUGUCUAAGUAUAUUGAAUCUUUUUACACACUGCGAAAACCUGUAGCUUCCACCAUUAAUACGCUGGCGGACGCGUUGUAUAAGGUCUUUUUAGCAUCUUCGGAUGAAGCAAGAACGAAAAUGCGUGAAGCUUGCUUCAACUAUCUUAGCCUUGGAGGUGUUUGCUCAUCUGGUCCAGUUGCAUUGCUAUCUGGUUUAAACCCUCGUCCUCUGAGUUUACUUCUCCACUUCUUUGCUGUGGCGAUCUACGCUGUUGGUCGUUUAAUGCUACCAUUUCCUUCGAUUAAAAGCUUUUGGCUUGGAGCUAGGAUAAUCUCGAGUGCUGCAAGCAUCAUCUUUCCCAUAAUCAAAGCAGAGGGAGUUAGGCAAAUGUUCUUCCCUCGUGCUAUCGCUGCCAUAUACCGUACUCCUCCUUCUCAAUGAUGCAUCAAGAGUUACAUACAUUAAAUGAUCUAUGCAGGCAAAUACUAUAACUUUUAAUCUAAUAUCUUAGUUGCUUAAUGCUAAUCAUGUGGGUGUUUAGGCUAGAUAGCUCAGGAGUCAGGAACCAGUGUAAACAUAGCUCCUUAAGUAUAUAUGAUUGAGAGCAGAGAGUCUUGUAAGUGCAUCAAUGGAAAGCACCUAAGUAAAUCCGAAGCGUAAAU